CGACCUCGUGAAUCUCACCCCUUCCACUAUCAACAACGUGGCAGUGGCGGAGCGCUUCAGCUCAAUCCACCGCCAAUAGAUGCAACCACAUCACACCACAUCCCUACGUACGCACACACAUGAUUACUGACUCCAACCCUUCCUUCCAUCUAUGCUGUGGGAGAAGUAUUAUAAUAAUCCAGGGGCAGCAGCAUCUCUGUGUAUAUAUUCUAUACUGGAGAAAGCAGAUUCCGCUUCCUCUAUCCAUAACGCUUGUCAUCGUGCUGAUAUUUUUAGUUUGGAAAAGAGGAUAGAGAGAGGAUCAACAAGAUUCUAGAGAGACAGAGAGAGAGAAUGUCGUCUUGGGUGGUGGAGUAUGCUGCGCAAGAAAGUAACAAAACCAACAACAGCAGCCAUGAAGAUGGCGAUGAAUGCUUCGAUUUGCUCCGAGCGGGUUGUGACCUAACGGGUUCCAGCCUUUCGCUCCCGGUUGAUGCUUUUCUCGGAGCCGCCGUCUCCCUCAAAGAUAAGGUGGUGGAAGUGACGUGGGGAAGACGAGGAAAUAAAGGGAGCUUGGACCCGACGGUUUAUACGGGUCUGAUGGGGACAGCUUUCACGUGCUUGCGGUCUUAUGAGGUCACCGGCAACCACCGCGACUUGCAGUUGUGCGCUGAAAUCGUUGACGCCUGCGCCGCUGCUGCUCAUACCAACAGGCAUGUCACUUUUCUUUGCGGCAGAGGAGGGGUUUAUGCGCUUGGCGCCAUUACUGCAAAUUACUGUGGGGACCAAAAGAAGCGUGACUUCUUUGUGGACCGUUUUCUGGAGAUGGCACAAGAGAGAGCUCUCCCUGCCGGGCCUGAAGAAGGGGGGUUCGGGAUGUCAUAUGAUCUUCUCUAUGGACGAGCUGGAUUUCUGUGGGCCGCUUUGUUAGUAAACAAAUACUUAGGAGGUGAAACAAUCGCAAAUGAUCUUCUCAUGCCGGUCGUCCAAGCUGUCCUGGCUGGGGGCCGAGCAGGUGCUUCUGAUGUCACAGCCUGUCCACUAAUGUAUAGAUGGCAUGGAACCAGAUACUGGGGUGCUGCUCAUGGACUUGCUGGUAUUUUACAUGUAUUACUUCACUUCCCUCUCUCUGGAGAUGACAUCGAGGAUGUCAAGUCGACCUUGAGGUACAUGAUGAGCAACCGGUUCCCACAUAGUGGGAACUAUCCAGUGAGUGAAGGAAACCCGAGGGACAGGCUGGUACAGUGGUCUCAUGGAGCUAGUGGAAUUGCUGUUACGUUGUGCAAAGCAUCGGAGGUACUUCCAAGUGACCGGGAAUUUCGUGAUGCAGCCAUAGAAGCCGGAGAAGUGGUGUGGAAGAGUGGCUUGGUCAAGAAGGUGGGAUUGGCUGAUGGCACUGCUGGCAACGCCUACGCAUUCCUGUCGCUUCUCCGCCUCACUGGAGAGAGCAUAUACAAAGAAAGAGCAACAGCAUUUGCAAGCUACUUGUAUCACAGCGCCACAAAGACGAUUACCGAAAAUGGAUCUGUUGGGGCCGAGCAUGCCUGCUCUCUUUUCCAUGGCCUGGCUGGAGCCGCUUGCCUUUGGUUUGAUCUGCACAGACAAGAGGACACCCGAUUUCCGGGGUACGAAAUCUAGACACGCAUGUAGUACGAGGGUUGAAAACAAGCAAAUGAAAUAAAUAUGGCUUUGCUAAAUAUCUUCGUCUUGUACAUAUAUAUACACCUGGUUGACUCUCAGUGUCUCCUAGUUUCCUUAUCAAGAAAGAUUAUCAAGGAGAAGAGAAGUACGCAUGUCAUAGUUUCAACCUGGAGUUGGACAAUGUCCAGGGCAUGGCGUUUGAUAGUGUGGUGGUGGAAACAAGCACACGGCAGAACGUGCUUUGCGUGUUUGUGAAUGCUGUAUCUGAAAUUUCUAACAGUUGACAAUG